AUGAGCGAAAGCAGAGAACAAAAAGAUCUAGUUAAAGAACAUCGUGAACCAGGCACUGGUCCUGGCAGACGGAAGACUGUCAGAAAGGGCAUGUUUGCCAAAGACCUCAAAUUGUUGAUGUAUGGCUUUGGCGAUGUUCAGAAUCCAGCGGCUGAUUCAAUUGCUGUUAUGGAUGAUCUUGUGAUUGACUACAUUACUGAAAUGUGUCUCAAAGCUUCCAAGGUAGCGGAGAACCGAGGCAAGGUACGCGUAGAAGACUUUAAACACAUCUUACGCAAGGACGCAAAGAAGCUGGCACGUGUUGAGGAGCUUAUUUAUAUGAGUGAAGACAUUCGUCGUGCCAAACAACUAUUUGAUGAAAAAGAGAUGGACCCUGCUGAAGAGACCUAG